UGACGAUUAUUCCUCGUUUUAACCAUUCCGUAUUCUGUGUUUUUCCGAUACUGCAAGGUCUGCAAGUAGAGUUGCUUCGAUAUAAACGGUCGAAGCGAACAUCUCUCAUUAUCAGGACGAAAAUCGUCGUCGUCCAAAGAUUAUUGUCCUAUGCACAGCAAGGCAUGUUUCGGAUACCAAAGCCUACGAUGCCUACGUCCACUGCAACGACAAUUACAAAACGUCCCAAGCAGGCCCAAAGUUGCCACUACGCGUCCUAUGAAUGCACGCAACCCUGUCUGGAGGGAUAUUUGUAUUGCUCUAAGCACAUCCUCGAGGAUUCUACCGCACCUUACAAACCGUGUGCUUUUAUAUACAAUAGUAAUGGAAGAAAGUGUCAGAAUCCAGCCCCAAAAUUAGACAGAAGAGAUGUCUCGUACUGCAGUGAACAUUCUAGGAAAGCGCAAAUUGCUCGGAUCAAAUCGACGUCGAGGCGUUCUCUGCCAGAAACGCCUGAAAUGCUGCUGCUUAAUUUAAGUCAUUAUGUCAAGCCCACCGAUUCUAGUGCUGAAGAUACAGAAGAGGAAAGAGGAAAAGUGAAAGCUUUAGAUCCUUUCACCGAAGUUGAUGCUUACAGAGUAAAUGCGAGUGGAAGUGACAUCUUAGAUUACGCCAGUUCUUCGGAGAGUGACGUUGAACCUACAGUUGUCACUGACACCCUGAGGGGAGUUUAUCUCGACGAUAGCGAUAAUGAGAGUUCACACAGUCCACAAGAGGAUCCCCUGAAUAUUAAUUUUUUAAGGCAUGCCGGCAUCUUUACCGCAGAAGAGGUGAUUUAUAUCGCGCGAGAAAAAUUGAUUAGACUGCAGUCUCUUUACAUUGAUCAAUUUAGAAGACUUCAGUAUGUGCUAAAGGAGAAAAGACGAAAAUAUUUGCUCGCUUUAAAGAAAGAAAAGGAAACAUUAUGUAGCAUACAUAGUCAGAAAAAGGAAACUGCGAAAGAGAAAAAGCUUUACGAGAAACUGAAAGCUUUGAAUCGCUAUCACAGACGGAGUGGUGUCGAAGCGAUACUUUACAGAAAGUCACUGGAACGUCGUGCACAGGUAACCGAGCCUCUUCAAAAACCACCCAAUGUAUCCAAAUGCGUGUUCACCGAAGGUGGCGUGAAAUGUGGUGAAAGAACGCUUCCGUCGGCUAAGCAUUGUCGUAAACAUAUCUUGAAGGACCAACAUCAAGUUUUAUUCAAAGCGUGCGGAGCGGUGCGAGCGGAUAUCGAAUGUCACGAACCUGUGCCGGUGAUUUUCGACUCUAACUGUGUAUUUCACAUGAACUUGCCGUUGCCGUGCAAAUUAGAACCUAUGAAGUUCGAAGAGGAGAAACCCGCAAAGCAAGAAACAUCGUUGACCGACAGUCAAUCGAUGGAGAUAGACGUGGUGGGUGAGGUGCAAGAAAUUGAUCCCGACGACGAUAUGGCGGGGCUGAUGAGGGAAAUGAACGAUUCCGCUAAUUUAAAACCUUCAUUUGCGAAUGAAAGUUUAAACAGUGAGACCAGCACGGACACGGCAUUCAGUUUGUCUGCGCAGAUGAGUGAUCGGGAUGAUUUCGCUAAUGUAUGACCGAAUAUCUUCAUAUGAUUUCCAAAAUGGAGUAGCUUGGCUGUUAUGUUGUCGUUGCGAUUGAGUGUCACGGUAUGCUCUCCGAUAUUCCGGAAUCAGAAUCGCAAUUAUCUAGUUUGGCUGCUGAUAUGUGCGUGUGUGUAAUACGAUUACAUAAAUGCACACGUACAGCGAACUUAUCUUCAUAUGUAAUACUAUUUAAACUGAAUUGUUAAUAUAUUUGUAUAUAAUUGCAGAAAUAGACCACCUACAAUUAUAUUAAGUCGCAAAA